GCUCCGGGCGGACAGAUCGCAGCAGCAGCGGCCGGAGCCGGAGCUCGGAGAUGGGGGCGCUCGGGCGGCUGCUGUGGCUGUGCGCGGUGCUGGAGCGGGUGUGCGGGGCCAGGCACGGCGUGUACUGGAACAGCAGCAACCCCAGGUUCCACAAGGAGGACUACACGGUACGCGUGGACAUUAAUGAUUACCUGGACAUAUACUGCCCACACUACGACCCCCGCGUGCUGGCAGAACACACGGAGAACUUUGUGCUGUACAUGGUGGACCGGGAGGGGUACGAGGGCUGCUACGACACCGCCGGAGCCUUCAAGCGCUGGGAGUGUAACCGGCCUCACGCUCCCUUCGGACCCAUCAAAUUCUCUGAGAAGAUCCAGAAGUUCACCCCCUUCUCCUUGGGGUUUGAGUUCCUGGCAGGGAAGGACUAUUACUACAUCUCCAUUCCGGACACAGAUGUUGGCGAAUGCUUGAAGCUCCGGGUGUCGGUCUGCUGCCGACCUACCACAGCGCCACCAGUCACAGAGGUCCCAAAAUCUCAGCCCCGCGGAGGAAAAUCUCCGGAUGCGGGAGAUCCCUGGAGGAAAGACAGAAGCUGCUCCUUCCAGGUCCACGUGUCCCGCCUCCUGGUCACCCUCUGCCUCUUCCUUCUUCUCUGGUUCUGAUGUAUGAGGACGGCGUAUGGGCUCGCCCGGCUGGGGCGAUGUGUCGGAGUACCGGGGCCCCCGCGAUCAGCGGAAGGGACAUUUCCAGACUUCUCGGGCCCCCCCGCCCUCCUUGGAACGGUUGCACUGUUUGUGGACAGAGCUUCCAGAGAACAUGUCUGGUGGAACUCUCUGGCCACAGAAGGAAUUUGCCUGUUCCGUGGACUUUUCCCGAUGGGGACUGCGGGUUCUCUCUCCGCGUAUUUUCUAUGCUUUAUUUUUUUAAUGACUUGUAGAAAUAAGAAAUUCAGCACUUUAUCCAGAGGAGGGGAUUGUGGGAUCCUGGAGCAAUCGGACAUUGUGCCUUAUACACCGCUGCCUCUGACGCAUCGCGCACGGGCCUGGAGCAGGGCGGCUGUGAGGGUUGGACGUUCCCUGAUCCUGACCUCCAUUUGCCCUGCAGGUAGGUACACACCCGCCACAAUUUGUUAGUGAAGAUUAUUGCAGGCUGGAGGCGUUGUUGGAACACUUUCCCAAAGAGCUUGCAGUCUAAUGAGUUAUGUGGAGACCCUGACCCUUGCACUCGGUCUAAUAUAAUGGGAAUCUCUUCGGUGUAAUGGGUGUCCCUGUCCCCCUGGAAAUUAGCCAUCUUGUGGAAUAAAAGGCGUUAUUCCCAGAAGCUUACAAUCUAGUAAUAUUAGGAGAGAAUCUUACAGGACAGUGAUUUCCUGUUGGGUGACGUGUGACAUUUCAUUGCAGUUCACAUCACAGCCGAGGAAGGGUGGCUCGCAGCCGUGUCCGUCUGAGGAGGCGUGGCUCGCAGCCGUGUCCGUCUGAGGAGGCGUGGCAUCAAACUUUUUUACUUCCGUGACCAAUGAUAUGGACCCGUUUUUGGCAGACUUUUUGAUUGGAGACUGGAAAUGAACAGAUGAGAUGUAAAUUUAUUCCAAGGAUCUGAUUUUCCUUCCGGUGGGAUCUCUGUGCCCGCUGGGUAUUUUCUUGUACUGGAGGUGACGUAUUCCACAAGCCGAGGAUCGGGGGAUGUAUAACUCACCUGCACGUUGGGUGGUCACUGCCGUUGUUACCUUAUUGUAAUCACCAUGACUGUGACUUCAGCGACACAGUGGCCCCAGUCGCCAUCCCUUACACCCCACCUUCCCUCUCUGUCACACAAUGGAUAACGGUCCUUAUCGGGCGCUCCCUCUGUGGGAACAUUUACACCCGGAGACCCUGCAGGGGCUCGUAUGCUCAUCGGAUCGCUGAUUUGUUCUCUGGAGAACGGGAUGUGUCUUCCGUGAAGAUAACGUGUUGCAGUAUUUGGCGUGUUUACAGACCAUUCUGAAAGGAUUAUGGAAUAUUUUUUCUUUUUUAUAUUUUUUGUUUAAAAACUGAGCCAAAAAUAAAAUAUUGUGACCGCUGUU